GGGAGGCCGCGGGGGAGGGCCGGAGGGCUGCGGACAGGGUGGGGGUCUGAGAAGCGCAGCGGGGGCCCAGGAUGCCCGGGCCGCGCACACCAGUGGAGCCCCGAGAGUCCGGGGAGCGCCGGCCGCUGCUGGAGCGCAGGCCGCGGGAGCCCCGACGGUGGUGGCGGGCGGCGGCGGCCGCGGUGCUGCUCGUGGAGAUGCUGGAGCGCGCCGCCUUCUUCGGCGUCGCGGGCAACCUGGUGCUCUACCUGAACAGCGCCGACUUCCAUUGGGCGGGCGAGCAGGCGUCCCGCGCCGCGCUGGUCUUCCUGGGCGCCUCCUACCUGCUGGCGCCCGUGGGCGGCUGGCUGGCCGACGUAUACCUGGGCCGCCACCGCGCCAUCGCGCUCAGCCUCCUGCUCUACCUGGCCGCCUCCGGCCUGCUGGCCGCCACCGCCUUCCCCGACGGCCGCAGGUCCUUCUGCGGCGAGAUGCUCUCCCUGCCGCUGGGGCCCGCCUGCCCUUCGCACGGCUGCCUGCACACCUCGCCCACCCCCUACUGCGCCCCCACCCUCUACGCGGUGUUGCUGCUGCUCGCCCUGGCCGCCAGCUCCGUCAGGAGCAACCUCACCUCUUUCGGUGCCGACCAGGUGAUGGACCUUGGCCGCCACGCCAGCCGCCGCUUCUUCAACUGGUUUUAUUGGAGCAUUAAUGUGGGUGCCGUGCUGUCGUUGCUGGUGCUGGCCUUUAUCCAACAGAACAUCAACUUCCUGCUGGGCUACAGCAUCAUCGUGGGCUGUGUGGGCCUGGCCUUCUUCAUCUUCCUCUUCGCCACCCCCAGCUUCAUUACCAAGCCCCCCACGGGCAGCCAGGUGUCCUCCAUGCUCAGACUUGCUCUCCAGAACUGCUGUCCCAGGCGGUGGCGCCGACACUCUGCCAGAGACCCUCCAGGCACCCAGCUGCUUCCUGAUCAGAGGUCUCCCCAGGCUGGCCCUUCCCCCCAGGAGGACAUCGCCAACUUCCAGGUGCUGGUGAAGAUCUUGCCCAUCAUGGUGACCUUGGUGCCCUACUGGAUGGUAUACUUCCAGAUGCAGUCCACCUAUGUCCUGCAAGGUCUUCACCUCCAAAUCCCGGACAUCUUCUCAGACUACCCUGCCAACAGAUCCGCGGCUCUGAGGGCCCAGGGCAGUGGCUACAAGAUCCCAGAAGCCUGGCUCCUCCUGGCCAACGUCAUGGUGUUGCUGAUCCUGGUGCCUGUGAAGGACCACCUGCUCGAUCCUUUACUGCUGCGCUGCAAGCUGCUUCCCUCGGCUCUGCAGAAGAUGGCGCUGGGCAUGUUCUUUGGUUUCACCUCGGUCAUUGUGGCAGGAGUCCUGGAGAUGGAGCGUUUAGAGUACGUCAGUCACAACCAGACGGUGUCCCAGCAGAUUGGGCAGAACACAUAUUAUGCAGCACCACUGUCCAUCUGGUGGCAGACCCCUCAGUACCUGCUCAUCGGAAUCAGUGAGAUUUUUGCCAGCAUCCCAGGCCUGGAGUUUGCGUACUCAGAGGCCCCACGUUCCAUGCAGGGCGCCAUGAUGGGCAUCUUCUUCUGCCUGUCUGGGGUGGGCUCGCUGUUAGGCUCCAGCCUGGUGGCACUACUGUCACUGCCGGGGGGCUGGCUGCACUGCCCGGAGGAUUCUGGGAACAUCAACAAAUGCCGGAUGGACCUCUAUUUCUUCCUGCUGGCCGGCAUUCAGGCUGCCACAGCCUUGCUGUAUAUCGGGAUCGCUGGUCGCUAUGAGAGGGUGGCCCAGGGCCCAGCCUCCCAAAGCUGUCCCAGGAGGGACAGUGGCUGAACACGGCCCCCACUCCCCGCUUGCCUCUCUCCCCCAACAGACAGCCGCAGGCCCAGCUGGGGUUUCCUUCUCAGUUUAUUCUGUACCCAACAUUAGGAUGAAAUGGUUCUCAUAAAUAUGGGCCAUGAGCCCUUCCUCACGACCGUGGUCCAUGACAAGGGGCAGGGCAGAGGGGGCCUGGGUGGGAGUCCUUGCGAGGGACCAGGCAGGGGACUCGCAUCAACAAGCACCAGAGGAUGAACAGGAGGCUGCCCAGGCGAGAGGCCCACGGCGCCGGGCCAGGCAGGCCGGGGAGGGUCAGGAGCUGCCCCGGAUCCGCUCCAUGUAGCUGCGCAGCUCCUCGGGGUCCUUCAGCCCCAUGUCCUCACACACCCAACGGAUGUCCUCCUCGCCUGCCACCAGGAUGGACUGCACGGCAGGGGCCCCCCCGGGCUCCUCGGGCAGCUGGGCUGGGGGUGCUGGCGCAAACGUCACAAACUCUACCCGCUUCCGCCGCCCCCCCGCUUCCUUCCUGGCCAGGGUGCUCGAGGAGCUGGGGGUGCCCCCGGCAGGGGCCUGGGCCAGGGUCAGGGCCUCCCCUCCUCCCCCACUCUCGCAGGGGCAGCCCCCCUCCCCCUUGGGCAGGCCAGGGGACUGCCGAUCCAGCUGGCGGCUCAGGUCCUCCUGGUCAGUGCCCAGCCAGACCCAGUUGUGGGGCUGGGGGGCGGCAGGGGCGGCAGCACUGUCGGGGGGCUCCUUGCGCUGGUAGCGCAGCAUGAAGACCACACCGUUGACCAGGAAGAUGAGGAUGGCCAGACAGAAGAUGCCCAGCAGGGCGUACAUGCCCAGCUCUAGUUCGGUGACCCGCUGCGGGGCGGGGACCAUCUCCUCGUCUUCUUCCGCCUCCUCCCUAGCUUCUGCCUUCUCCUUCCCGGCCUCCUCUGCUGCCUGCUCAAACUUGCGCCUCACAUCCCCGCCGCCCCCCACACUGCCUGCCGCCCGCCGUUCUCCACCCACGCUGGCCUCUGGGGCAGCUGAGCUCUGAGCGGGGCUGGAUGGGAGGGCAGGGGCUGGGGUGGGAGCGGGGGACAGCCCUAGCCAGGCGGUGCCAGAGGCCAGGGGCACACGGUGGCGGCCCCGGCGGCAGGGCUCAGGCGGGUGCAGAGCCACAUGCAGGGGCAGCCCCUUGACGCCCGCCCCACUCACCACCACCCCGAGUUGGGCACCCCGCUCAUAGGCUGGCAGCACAGCGCCGGGCUCCUCGGCCGACACGGACAGUCCCAGGUCACGGUGGUUGUAGAGCUCAGCGGGGGCCAGGGUGUGGUCAGAGAAGGACAGCCAUAGGGAGAGGGCCACCUCCUGUCGGGCACACAGACACAGGCAGAGACACGCCAGGGCACGCACGCAUGCACACAGAGACCACUCCCACAGAGACAGGCCACACGGAGGAGAAGAGACCAGAGAGAAAACAGACACAGGCAGAGGGACAAAACACAGGGAGAGAGGGGACAUGCGUCAAUCACCUGUCUUCCACUCUGCCCUGGGGUCUGAGUCAUCGGGAGGGUCCUCAGUUAGAGCCAUCUAAUAACCUCCCACUGCCACACUCCAGCCAGUCACUGCUUGAUCACCUCCAGCCGCAGAGAGCUCACUACCUUACAGGGAGUCAGUCCGCAUCCCGAAAACCCUAAGGUGAAGGGUGGAGGUACCUCCCAUCCCCCUGUUAUCAACCCCCAGCUGGAGAUGUUGACCUCAUCCCCCUGACCCCCCAGCUGUCACCUGCUUUGGGGCAGGAAGGGCUGACUGUGCCCAGCACGUGGCUGUGACCUCCCCGGGGUGGGCAGUGCCCCGGCUUAGGGCAAGUGAGAUGCCCAUCACUGGCUGCACCCGCAGCUCCAGCACCGAGACCUUGUCAUCCGUCACGGCCAGCACCUGCUCCCCCAGGAUGGAGUCAGACAGCGGGGAGCGCACCUGAGGGUGAGAGGGAGUUGGAAGUGUGUGGGGGGGGGCCCUCGUACACAGACAGCCUCCGCCCUCUGAGAACCCAGCACCCUUACAAAGGGAUCUGGUGUGCUCCCAGCAUCUGCACAGGCUGCUUUCCCACCCGUAGCACCUCAAGACCUGGCUCCCACAUACCCAACCCCAGCCCUUCAUACUUUGAGGACUUCCUCCGUUACACGGGCCGCCCUAUUCUGACCCAAUCCCCAACCCCCCUGGGUUCAUACCUCCCCAGGUACACCCUGGGCCUUCCGACACUCUUCACACCUGACCAUUAACAUUAUGGGAGUCACCUACACCCUUUUCAGGCUGUCUGCUCACCUCAAUGGAGGUGACGCCGGGCUCCCGGCCCACCAGGACGCGGCCUCCCUCCAGCGAGGCGACACUCGGGUCCUGCACGCGGGCGUGCGGCGCCACGAGGUGGGACACGUCCAGCAGCCAGUCCGGGCCGAGCAGGUGGGUGAGGCGACGGCCGCCGUCCAGCGGGUGGGCCGCGAAAGGGACGAGGAAGCGCACGCCGGCGCGCUGGUACUGCAGGCGGCAGCCGCGGACGCGCCGCUCGGCCUCCUCCGCCCCUGCCGCCUCGGGCUCCA